UUAUCACUAGUAUUAUAAAUACUUAAAAUAUUAUGCCGAACUAUUUCUUAUGGUUUACUUAAAAAUGCUAAACGGAAGUUAAAUCGGUAUCGCCAUUGAGGGAGAAAAGCUAAUCGCUUUACUUGUACAACUUUGGUUCUUGUUGUGUUAGUAAUUGGUUACAGAGAUGGCUGAACAAGGUACAGAUGAUCAUGAUGAAGAAAAUACUUUAUAUAAACCCCCAGCUGAAAAAAAAUUAGACGAAAUCUUAUCUGCUGAUGCUGAAGAUGAGAGUUUAAAAAAAUAUAAAGAAACUCUUUUAGGUUCUGCAGCAGGAGGAGGAGGAACUAUUGUUGAUGAGAAUAAUCCAAGUCGGGUAAUUGUUCAAAAGUUAGGAUUGCUAGUAGAAGGUAGAGACGAGUUGUAUAUAGAUUUAACAAAAGACAAACAUGAAAUUAAAAAGAAGUCCUUUGUAAUAAAAGAAGGUUGCACCUACCGAGUUAGAAUUUAUUUCUAUGUUCAACGAGAAAUUGUUACUGGUCUAAAAUAUAAACAAAAAGCCUCCAGAGGAGGCAUUAAAGUUGAUAAAACUAACUUUAUGGUAGGUAGCUAUGGACCAAAAAUGGACCUCCAAUCUUUCACUACACCUCCUGAAGAAGCUCCAUCUGGAAUGGUGGCAAGAGGUGAAUAUAAAAUGGAUAGUCAAUUUACUGAUGAUGAUGGUAAUGAUUAUUUAAGUUGGGAAUGGAAAUUACAGAUUAAGAAGGACUGGCAGUGACAUUCUUUUAUACCCGAUUUUAUGUAUACAACUCAGUACACUCUAUCUGUAGGUUAGGAUUGAUCAUAUAUAUAUAAAGAUUUUUGAUUUUUUCCCCAAAUUAAUCAAAUUCCAUUCUGUAAUCCUCAGUUUUUUUCUUCUGUUAGGUCAUUAUUCCAAUAAAAUAGUGUACUUUUAUUCAUAGAUUGAAUGAAUAAUCGUAUAUUAGUGCCUGUUUAACUUUGUUAGUAAUGUGAGCUGCCUAUAAUAGAUCUGGGAUUAUACUUUGUAUUUUUUGUGGGUAGUUACAUUUGUUAUAAGUUUAUUUUUUGUUUGUACUUUUUGACAUGCUGAUACACAACUAAUUAAUUAUCAAAUCUGUUGUAAAAUAGUUUAAUUGAUUUUAUUUAUAUUCUCUAACCUUUUUAGACAUUGACUUUUGAACAAAAUUAAGUGUUGUUAAUCACUUGUAUAACUUUAUUUUCCCUCUCUGUCAAUUUGAUAAAUUGUAAUGUCUUGGUAAAGAAUGUUUAGAAAAGGGGGCCAAUAUUCAUUGUAGGUCAAUAAAUACCAAAUACAUUUUUAUAUUAAAACGGAAUUUGAAAGUAGGCCACGUAUGCCCUAAAAUAUAUACAGAAACUGUGUCAAGCAAUCACCUUUCUUCCUGUGAAAUAAAAUUUUUACAUCUGUGUUGUUCUAAAUUCUAAUGAGUGUCUGUAUUUGUCAUAUGAUGGAUAUUCCUAUAAAUUCACAAAUGUUGCUAAGUGCUUGAACCCAGCUAUUUUUUUUAAUUAAAUAAUUAUUUAUAUAUUUUGGUGUGUGCACAUGAACUACGCAAUUUGUUUAUAAUGCCAUGUAGUAUAUAUAGUAGAUAGUGAACAUUGUUAAACCGUAGUGCCAUUAGCUUUUUAGUGCUUCGCUUUAUAAAUUUAUCAUAUAUUUAUAACCACAGAAAGGCACUAUUAGUUACGGACAGAUUUUCAAUUUUUUUUUAAAGUAAAUUCAUAAAAUUCUGUACUUUUGAUUUUCAAAGCUAUGCAAACAAAUUAAAUAAUGUUACAUGUAAUAUAUGUACAUGUUAAUUAUCACUGCAGUAUUAAUUAAAAAGUCUAAUGAAAUUUUCUAUUUUUUUGUCGUAAUAGAUAAUUGAAACUAUACAGAAUUUUAUUUCAACCCAACAGACAAUGUCAUUUGUUUACAAGCAAAUCAUUAGCUAUAGUUUUGGAUGUCUGAUUGAACAUCAGAAUCUAUUGUCUUCAGGUGCCUAUAUUGCAAUUGCAGAUAACUUUUCUGUUGUCCUUCUGCCUUAAUUGCCAAUAAACAAGUUAAAAAUAGAAA